CUUGUGUCCUACAGACCAAAGAAAGAAUCAGCAGGAAUGCCCAGGGUGAAUGAUGGAUUGCAGAGCCUGGCUGAUCAACAGAAGAGAUUCUUGUGUCCUACAGACCAAAGAAAGAAUCAGCAGGAAUGCCCAGGGUGAAUGAUGGAUUGCAGAGCCUGGCUGAACUCAACAAAAAUCCAGUGGGAGGCUUUUCAGCAGGUUUAAUAGACGACAAUGAUCUCUAUCUUUGGAAAGUCCUUAUUAUUGGUCCUCCAGAUACACUUUAUGAAGGUGGUGUUUUUAAGGCUUAUCUCAUUUUCCCAAAAGAUUAUCCCCUCCGGCCUCCUAAAAUGAAAUUCAUUACAGAUAUUUGGCCCCCAAAUGGCAAGCUUCCUCUGAUUUGGAACAAAAUAAAAACAGGCUGGUCUUCCCUUGUACCUGACACAGGCAAAUUGAGCUGGCCCAGACAGCAGAGCUCUGUAAGGAAAAACAGUGGCUCUGUCAGCAACCAUGGCACAGGAAGGUCACCUUUUCAUCCUGGUGCUAACAUCCAGCUGGAGUGGCAGUAUUACCAAAAUAAAAUCCUGAAAGGAGAAGCAGGUAGCCAACCCACAUGGUCUUUAUUUUACGACUCACCUAACCCAUGGUGUCUUCCCCCUUGUGGUUCUUCUCUGAUGCUGGAAGUCCUGGAAUGCUAAACCCUGCCUGCAUGGGUUUCUUCUGCCCAGCUAUUGACUGUUGUCAUCUCUAUUCACCAAUCAGAAAUAAUUUGGAGGCAAGGUCACAUAGCCUCACUUGGAUCUACCUGUGCACUUUCUUGUCUCUGGGACAAUACAUACAACAGACCAAACCUCAUCAAUAGAGGUCCCAGGUAUUGGACAGGUUAUAUCAGACUUGCCUGCAAGAACCUUUACCCAUUGAGCUCUCUUACUGCAGCGGAUGAAAAUCCUUUUACAGGUUAGUUUGGUCCUGUGGCCCUGCACAUGUAAGCUUGUGUGUGGAGACCAGAGGACAACCUUGGAUGUCAUUCUUCAGGUGCCAUCCACUGUUUUUUGUAAAACAGGAUUUUUGAUUGGCUUUGAAUUGGAUAGGUAGGCUCAGAUGGCUGGCUAGGGAGGACAUGGAGUCUCUGUCUCCCUGGCACAAGUGUGUGCCACCAAACCAGAUUUUAUUAUUGUUGUUAUUAUUAUUAUUGUAAUUGGCUUCUUAUGUUUGGACUGAGUAUCUGACUCAAGGCUUUCCAUGAGAGCAGGAGGCCCACCAUUCACCAAAUCAUGAGGCACCCCAUGAUCAGGAAGAGUGUGGUAUGUUUACCACUUCCAUGCAGAUUU